AUUGGCUGCAUGUACCGACAUUGACAAACCACACAAAGUUACAACUAAUAUUAAUAAAGUACAGAUUAAAACAUUCUUUUGUUGCCGUAAAUCGUGAAAAAUUGUUGAAAGAAACACCUCUUUUUAAAGCGAACAGCAUAGAAUUUGAGUUAUAUAUAGAAUCAAAAAAAAAAAUAUCGAAUUGAAUUGACCGUAAAUGGAUUAGAGCAGUCUUCAAAUUUUACUCAUUAAUAACAAAUAGUUUUGUAAUGGCCGAUUUGGACGCUGUGAAUCUUGGUCUUGAUGAAACUGAAGUUGACAUGACGGAAGGUAUGCACGAAUUAGAAGAAACAUUUGAUACACGCAGUGAAGCAUCUGGAAAUUCAUCCAGUUCAUCUUCAGGUAGCCCAAGUAUAAGUUCAGUUAGCACCCGAUCAUCGAAAAGUGCAAAAGUACGCCGAUCACAUUUAAACCGUGAACGAACUACAAACAAAAAAUCAAAUAGUCCGAGCCCAGACAAUGCAAAAAGGCAUCAGAAACAGAAUUCCAAUCAUCAGAAGAAAAGCGAAAAGAGCAACAACAAUUCAACAAAAUCAUAUGAUUAUAUCACAAAGAUUAAUUACUUAUUCAGAGAAACACGGUUUUUUGUAAUUAAAUCAAACAAUGCCGAAAAUGUGAGUUUAUCAAAAUCGAAAGGUGUUUGGUCAACAUUGCCACAAAACGAAGCAACGUUGAACCAAGCGUUCAAAGAAAAUCGAAAUGUUAUAUUGAUUUUUUCGGUUAAAGAAAGUGGGAAAUUUGCUGGUUUUGCUCGAAUGGUUGGUGAAUCAAGACGUGAUGUACCGGCUGUUUCAUGGGUAUUGCCGCCAGGUAUAUCAGCAAAAGCGCUUGGAGGUGUAAUUGAAGUAGACUGGGUGUGCAAAAAAGAACUGUCUUUUACAGCGACUGGUCAUUUGUUCAAUCCAUGGAAUGAAGGAAAACCGGUGAAAAUUGGCCGUGAUGGUCAAGAAAUCGAGCCAAAAGUUGGUGCUGAACUCUGUCGAUUAUUUGAGGAAGACGAAUCAAUUGAUUUGACACAAAUACUGAAAAAAUCCAAGGAAUCAGCCCGCAUUUUACGUGAAAAGGGAGUGAAACCUGCCUUUAAAAUAGCACCAAUUCGACCUAGUUCGACCGGAAAUGGAAGUGGUAUUUUACAGAGAAAUCGCGGCCACAUAGCUAAUGUUCGCGGUGGUCGCAAAAAGUUAUUUGGAUUAACUACACGCAGUAAAUUAAAUAGCGUGGCAGCUAACUCAAGUAUAUUCAAACGCUCAGCGUCACCAUAUGUGAAACGUGAUCGUUCUCAUCAUUAUGAGCGAUAUAGCUCAACAGCUGCGGCCGAAGCAUAUGUAGCUGACUACAUGCAUUUAAUGCAGCAUCAAUUGCCACCGAUGCCAUACGCACCCCCUCCUGGAUUUGCAUCAAUGAUGCAAUCGCCCUAUGAAAAUUUGCCACCACCACCUCCUCGGUACUAUGAUAUUCCAUCGUUAGGAGAGUAUCCUCCGCAGUUACCAUCGGUACCAUCACGUUCAUCAAAUUCUCGUCCAUAUGAUCGUGAUGAAUUCUUGUGGAAGAAUGACAGAAAACUUGUUCCACCGCCUCCAAUAUAUCCACGUGACUAUCAUUCGUCGGCAUCAUCUACACGAGAAAGAGAUCGACGAGAUGACCGAAGUCAUCGAAACCGGAAUAGCAGGCGAUGAUAAUUUCAUACAGCAUAAUUGCAGUCAUUCAUGUUAUUCUCAUACAGCAAAAAGAAAAUAUUUAAAAAACAAACAACAACAAUAAAAUGUCUCAAUGCAACAUUACCGAAUGACAAAAUUUUCAUUUUUUAUAAAUGUUUCUCCAGCAGGGAAAAUACUAUUGAUAUUUUCACAUAGAUUGUCAUGUUGAAUAAUAUUAUGUCUCUAAAAUAUAUAUCUUUUUUUAAUAUCUCAAAAAUAAAGGUUACACUGCAAAUAAUUCGAAAUAAAAAAAAAAAUAAAAUAAAUUAAAAAAUAAAAAAAUUGUUGUAUGUGUACAAUUGAACAAUUAUUAAAAUGAAAUACAUUUUUAAUUAAAAAAUAAAAUAAAAUAAAAUGAGGAUGCGAGAGAUAGAGAGAGAAAUGUUGCCACAUGCAACUGUGAUGUCUUAAUAUUUAAAACAAGAAAAAACACAACAUAAUAAUCAUUCGUUU